AUACUUUUCCCCGGCAGUUUAUGAAAGUUAUCAACACAGUAAUGAAGGAUAUGGCAAAGGAAAAACAUCGGAAGCCUUUGAUGUUUGAAGUGUUUUUGUGUUUAAAUGUAUUUCAUAUAAGUACAACACUCGGUGUUAGUUUUUAACUGUUAGUGUAGAGUGAAAUACUUUGGAGCGAUCAAAAGUCUGAAUAAAUUGUUAAGUGCUUUUGUUAUGAAGUGCUGCAAUGGUGCAGAGUCGGCUAAGGUGGACGGCGACCCUGCCCCGGUGCCGUCCGAGUCCGAUCCGGGCACCGAUAGCCGACCCAUGCACUGUGUCGUUGGAGGGGCCCAUGCUUUCAUACUCAGGAUAUCCAGUUUCUUUGGGCUUGCACCUCUUCGUUUCGAGUCUCGAAGCAAUGGAUUUACAGUUGGAAUCUCUAAUGCCAUGUGCAUAUACAGUUACAUACUGGUUACUGUUCUAGUGAUCUGCACAAUAUUUGGGCUGGUGGCGGAAAUCAACGUUGGCGUAGAUCUGUCUGUGCGAAUGUCGUCACGAAUGUCGCAGUUUGUGUCUACCUGCGACGUCUUGGUCGUCGUUAUAACAGCCGGAGCUGGCGUGUAUGGCGCUCCGAAGCGGAUGAGAAAUAUGUUGAAGUUCAUGGAAAGUAUCGCUUCUGUCGAUACCAGUAUUGGCGCCCACUACUCGCUGGCGACUGAGCGAAAGCUUUGCGCCAUUUUAGUUGCAAUCCUGCUUUUCUUCUCCGUGUUGAUCACUGAUGACUUCUGUUUCUACGCACUGCAGGCCAAAAAAAUUGACAGACAGUGGGAUAUAGUGACAAACUACAUAGGCUUCUACCUGCUGUGGUAUGUCGUGAUGAUCCUGGAACUGCAGUUCGCGUUCACCGCCCUGUCAGUCCGCGCGCGAUUCCAGGCAGUCAACGAUGCACUGGCGCUCACCGCUAGACACAUAUCCGUUCCAUUGGAAAAAGCCAAAGAACCAACGCCAUUGAAUAUUUUUGCCAUACGAGUAGCAGCAGAGUCUCGAAGGUGUGCUAACAACGUCAGUUUAUUAGUGGACUCCAUGCCUGGGAAGGAGCAUGCUGUUAUUAUUCGGAAUGCAGUAAGCGGUGAACCAAAGCUGAUUGUACCACCGUGUGAAGCCAUCAGGCGCCUGGCGUGCCUGCAUGGUGCUUUAUGCAACGUGGUGCACCGUAUCGGCAACAGCUACGGCCUACCACUCAUAGUCAUUCUCAUAUCUACGUUGCUGCACUUGAUUGUGACGCCGUACUUCUUGAUCAUGGAGAUUAUGGUAUCUUCACAUCGUAUUCACUUCUUAGUGCUCCAGUUCCUUUGGUGCGUCACACACGUGUUGCGAAUGUUUGUGGUAGUGGAACCCUGCCAUUAUACCAUCAAUGCAGGCAAAAGAACCGAGGCGCUUGUGUGUCGGUUGAUGACAUCAACGCCCUCUACCGGGAUGCUGCCCUCUCGACUGGAACUGUUCUCGAGGCAACUGAUGCUGCAGUCUGUCAGCUAUACUCCACUGGGGAUGUGCACCUUGGACCGACCACUAGUCGCCUCUGUACUGGGUGCCGUAACCACGUAUUUAGUAAUAUUGAUACAGUUUCAAAGAUAUGGCGAAUAAUAAAAUAAGGAUACUUUAUUUCUAAUUAAAUUUAAAUAUUAACAAUUGUUAAGUUACUUAUAUGAUUAUUAAAUAUAAGUUGUUGUUGUACAUACCAUUAUUUA